CGCUACUGAUCUUGACGGCCUCACGCUACCGUUGUUGUCUGAUAGGCUAGCCACCUGGCGCUUGGACAGCGAUUCCACAGCUCGCGACCAUCUGGUGCCCUUGCUAAAUCAAGGACAAUCUCGGGAUGCCUCGUGUUCCCUCUAACGGCAGCGUCAUGGAGCGCCUGCGAGAAGACCUACUCAGGAGGGCCAGACAAGAGCAAGAAGUCGAACUUGAAGAGGGUCAUCAACGUCAACCAACGCCAAUGUCGAGCGCAGAGGAAAGCAGACCUGAUCUGUGGUGUCGGUUCAACGACUGGCGGAGAAUGGGGCGCAGAGCAGGUCAACAGACUUCUGAUCAGGCCGAAGACGCUGUUGAGGUUGCAGGGAGCCCGAAGCCGACAGCACGCAGUGUGGGAUUCCAGGCAUUGCAAACAAGCCGGUCCGCACUGCCCAGAUUAGCACAGUUGUGGUCAAGACAGCCACCGCACACCGCUACGCAGACCACGCCGCGGGUGGAUGACAGACCGUCGCAGGCCGAGCCCUCUGGACCACCAGAAGCACUUGCGCAGAUGCCCACGCCACCGGAGCCAGUGAUGCGCGCGGCCAGAGAGCGUACUACGUCCAGCGAGUAUGCCGCCGCUGAGCGUCCCGACAGCAUAGGACAACCUGGGAACGAGGAGGAGCAGGAAGCGCGACGAAGAAGGCGCGAGAAGCGACGACGUCGCCGAGGCCUAGGUGGCAACCCGCGCAAGCAGAAGCACUCGGCAGGCCGCUCGCGUAGGUUUUUGGGUUGUUUUCCGCGGGUCAAAUCGCGGCAAAUGCGAGCGUACAUUGUCCGCUGUUUUGUCUCGGGGUUGUUCCUGGUACUGCUGCUCACCAUCUAUUUGUCACUCUCCGUGAGCAACAGUAUCAGCAUGGGCAGCUCCCUGAUUGUACUGAUCCUAAUUGUUAUCUUGGCCACCCUGUUCUUUUGUUACGGUCUGAUCAAGCUCUGCUUGCUCGUUGUGCGGCGAGACCGCGCGAAACACGCGCGAGCAUUGUCACUGGAGGAGAACGAACAGACUGCUGGAUUCGCGAUACCUGCUUCUCCAAUUCCAGUCCUGCUUUCUCGAGAUGAAGAAGUUGCCGGCCUCGAGGGCGAGGACUCGAGGCCCACACCACCCGCGUAUGGGGUCUGGAGGGAAAGCGUCCGAGUUGAUCCCAAUCGCCUGUUCUGGCAACGCAAUGCCGACGUCGAAAGCGCGAGCACUGAGAGACCAGAAACGCGGGCGAGUCGACGGCCACCGUCGUACUCUUCCGACGAUGGAGUGUCGUACGUGGUUGACGCUAUUCCACGCUCUACUACAACAUCGUCAAUGUCUGCGGUGCUGGCAAGUCAAUCUGAAUCUGGUCCGUCAGACAGGCAGCGACCGGCGCAGUGAUCUCACAUUCGUUGAGAGCAGCCGUGUCUUCUGCAGUGUGCGAACGGGUACGGAUGGAGGUGAAAGUGCGUGAUUGUUAGUUAGAGGAAGCAUUCGUGGUAUUAUUUAGCGAGCAACAGUUGCGAAUAAUGUGUAUCUGCCCCGGCUCUUGCUCUUUUGGAGGACAAACCCGCCCCUCGACGCCUCACAUCAAUCGUUGAUUCACAACGUCAACUCCCCCAAGAUCGUCCGCCAGACCUGCUGACAGCCAAACUCGAGUAGUUCUAGGAUAAUGCUUUCCGGCGGUCGAGGCUCAGACGGGGCCCCUACCCAACUGCUGCAUGACCAAGGCAAUCCGAUUGUGCAUACUGGGGCCGACUGAGGUCUUACUAUUGC